UCCGUUUUUCUCUGCCACAUGUGGUAGGGGGAGACGAGGAAAAAAUGUUUCGUCAAACCAGAGACGAGAGAAGUUUUGUCAAACCAGCAAACGAAGGCGCGGAGACGUGCUGCAGAGCCUGCAGAGGCUUUUCUUCCCCCCACCCCACCCAUCGCGUGUGAGUCCACGGUGUGAUGUCACGGAGCGGUGGCGGCUUUCCCGAUUCACUGUGCGGGAGAAAUCCCCGUGCAGCCUUCUUCCACCUCCUCCUACUCUCCGCUAUUCGUCUUCGCUGAUUUCUGCCGCUCCAAUUCCAUCGCUUCCCUGCUUUAGAACCUUCUCUGCUAGCUUCUCCCCGUCACAGCUUUUGGUGCCUCGUCAUCGGCGACCAAACCGCCGGCGACCGGAUAAACUAAGCCAGCUCCUUCGCUCCGAAAGUCGUCUCUCGUAGAGAGCACUUGCUCACCUGCUCCCCGCCCCCCUCUGCUGGCGCUGGACUUGCUCGGAGUGGAGAUCCAUCCGGACCUGGUUCGAUUUCUUCAUUUCGGGUUCGAUUCGGUUUUUCUAUCCCAGAGCGAAAGAUCAAUAUCACCUGACACAACAUAACGAUUUCGUGGAAGCCGAGAUUAAGAACAUGCAGUUAACUCUGACCGGUUGCUGUUUUUGGUAACGGUUGCUUCUCUGCUCAGUGGGUGGAUAACUGGAUUGUGGAUUUUGCUAACUACAUGCUGGGUUAUCAGCCUAUCAUAAGGAAAGCAAAGAAGAGACAACAAAGCAAUUUGUUGUCUCUUUCUUAGGAGCUGGCGAGUACUCGGCAUGGCAGAUGCUAGUUCGAGGACUGACACCUCGACUGUUUUAGACAUGGAUGAUAAGAAUCAAAGGUUAGAAAAUGGACAGAGUGGAGCUAUGGCCCUGGCUUCGAAUUCAUCUGAUCGGUCUGACAGAUCUGACAAACCUAUGGACCAAAAGGUUUUACGACGGCUUGCCCAAAAUCGUGAGGCAGCAAGGAAAAGUCGGCUGAGGAAAAAGGCAUAUGUGCAACAACUAGAGAGCAGCAAGCUAAAACUUGCAAGCCUGGAGCAAGAACUCCAGAAAGCUCGACAACAGGGAAUCUUCAUAUCCAGUUCUGGAGAUCAAACUCAUGCUAUGAGUGGAAAUGGAGCUAUGACCUUCGAUUUAGAAUAUUCUCGAUGGCAAGAGGAAGAAAAUAAGCAGAUAAAUGAGCUGAGGACUGCAGUAAAUGCUCAUGCAAGUGAAAGUGACCUCCGUCUUAUCGUCGAUGGGAUAAUGGCACAUUAUGAUGAGAUAUUCAGGCUGAAGGGUAUUGCUGCAAAGGCUGAUGUGUUCCAUAUACUUUCAGGCAUGUGGAAAACACCUGCUGAAAGGUGCUUCUUGUGGCUUGGGGGUUUCCGUUCGUCUGAGCUUCUAAAGCUCCUUGUGAAUCAGCUUGAGCCUCUAACUGAGCAGCAAUUGAUGGGGCUAUCCAAUCUCCAGCAAUCCUCCCAGCAGGCUGAGGAUGCAUUGUCACAAGGCAUGGAAGCAUUGCAGCAAUCCUUGGCAGAAACGCUGGCUGGGUCCCUUGGUCCAUCAGGAUCUUCCGGAAACGUCGCAAACUAUAUGGGUCAAAUGGCUAUGGCCAUGGGAAAACUUGGCACACUCGAGAAUUUCCUUCGUCAGGCUGACAAUCUACGACAGCAGACCUUGCAUCAGAUGCAACGCAUCCUGACAAUUCGACAAGCCGCUCGCGCGCUUCUUGCAAUACACGACUACUUUUCACGUCUACGCGCCCUGAGUUCUCUUUGGCUCGCUAGGCCGCGAGAGUAGCAUCACCCACGUUGGAGUCACUCCAUGGGCCGAUCUGUGAAUGUGGGGCUGCUGGCUGCAAACUCGCAACGCAUUUGCAGAUGGCUGGAGGGUCAGUUCUCUUUGUACAAGUUGUAUUAACAUCUUCUGGUCUCAUAUUGCGCUUCAGUGUUGUACAAGUUAGGGUAAAGCUUGCAUUUAACUUGUAAGUUAUCAUGGAUUCAUGAUUGACAUAUUGUACAAUUGUAUUAGCAAUAAGAAUAGAAGUACAUAAAUGCUGGAAGGACUAUCCAGCGUCUAUAUUGGUUGGAAACGAGCAGCAGAAGCUUGUCA